UGUUCCUUCUUAAGCUUUGGAAAGCGAAGGAUUGUACAACUUUGCAUUACUGUCCGUGCUGACUAUCCAUUACUCGGACUCUGUACUUGUAACACUGCUUCAGAAACGAUGUCAUCUGUUAGUUCUUCCUCCACUUUCAGAUCUGAGCUUUACAGCAACUACAGGCGACAAUCCUCGGGUGAUCCCUGCUUCGACCAAUACCUAAACGCUGCACGCAAUUUAUUUGAAGAUGAAGUAGAAAAAUCUCCAUCCUUCAGAAAUGGACACUUCUCAAGACCACGGAACGAGUCCUUUGGAUACUCAGCUCCAGUGUCUGGUCGUCCAGGAAGUCUUGGCAAUGUCAGAACUGUUGGAGAUAUUUAUCAAGUAACAGCUGAUGUCAGUCAGUUUGACCCGGAAGAAGUUAUUGUAACAAUGUACAAUUACCACGUUGUCAUCAAAGCAGAAAAGGUGGCUGAAGAUGGAACAAUUCUAAACACUUUCACUCAGAAGAGACAGCUCCCUGAAGAUAUGGACCCAAUGUCCGUGAGCUGUUCACUGACUGAUGUUGGCAUUCUGAUCAUCAAUAUUAGGAGGAGUCAACUAAAUCAAGCAGAAUCAUCUCAGCCAGUUUAUAGAAGUGAAGUUAAGCCGUAGAUAUAGAUACCUUGGCUUUGUGGCACUGUAUUCACCGUGCUACCUCAUCAACAUUAAUUAAAACGAUGACGAAUGUUCAUAUACAAAUGUUGCAGAUUUUAUUUUAGUAAUUUCAUAAUGCUUCUAAGGAUAUGUACUUAAUUCAAUAGAUACAGGCAUAUAUUUCUUCUGCGGGAGAAAAUAAUGGAUUCUAAAAGCUAAUUGCACUUUGACUGUAGUAAUUUUGCUAAUGUUGCAGGGAAGUCAUUUAUUUUGUCACUGAAAGGUGUGUACUGGUUAUGGCUUUUGCUAAUUACAUUUAUGAUCAGAAAAGUUAAACACCACAAUUUCAUUUCAAUUCCCUUCUCUACUGUAGAUUUAUUUUUUUAACAUAUCUACAAUCAAUGUGGUGAAAAAUGAUCAAAAUCAUACACAGACAAUCAUCAUUCAGCAGCCUGAUAGUAAUGGGAUAAGGUCCCUGUCUUGAACCAGUAUUGAUUGUAUUUUGAAUUUAUGGAGCACGGAGAGAAAGGCUUUAUUCUCAUUAAGAUGUGUGUUCACUAUCUAUCAGUAAUUGGAUUCUGGGGUUUCCCAGCAAUGAAAGUAAAUUUUCAAAACUGCUAAGACUCUGGUUCUCAUACUAACAGAUAACUUCAUGUUUGGAGGUUGUUUAACUCUCUGGCAGAUGUGGAGAAAUCUGCUUUGCCAAUUUUAUUAGGAAUGGAUUAACAUUGGCCAUUCUCAAUGUAGGAAAAAUAUAUUAAUAGCAACAUAUUCAACCAAUAUAAAUUUAGUAAAAAUGAAUGAAAUCACAAUUCAGCAUAGAAAGAAAUAACAAUUUCCUAAAUGAGGGCACAUUUCUAAGGUGGCUGUGUUACAUCUUAUAGUAAGUGAAGAUGAAAAGUGAUUGUAACAAGCUCAGUCAGCUGGACAACAUAGGAAUUCCAUGAAUGGGCUGGUAAUCUGGUCCAAUCAGGGAGCGCUGGUUGUCAGACAUAAAAGAGAGUCUCAGAGGUUCUGUUCACUCUGAGAGCUGGCUGUGAGGAAGCCGGACUAUUGUCAAGGACCUUCUAUGUUUAAAUAAAGCAUGACUUGGUGACAGGAUAAUAGCCACUAUGGAGUUAU